AUAAAAAUGUCAAAAAUAACAAAACGUAAACACGUAACAAAGCUUCAAGAGAAUCUGAGUAUUCCCUUGGAGUCGCAAUCUAUAGUACGACUUGUCGAGCCGCGGGGUAAUAAUCUUCAUGAAGUGAGUGACAGUACAGGCGAACAAUUUCUCGUUUCAAUGCCGAGUAUCUUUCGAAACAAUGUUUAUGUAAAGCGGGGUGACUUUCUUCUCGUAGAGCCGAUACCCGAGGGUGACAAAGUCAAGGCUGAAAUCAUUAAAGUUCUCACAGAGAAGCACAUUAAGUUCUACCGAGCGCAAAACGUGUGGCCAAAGGAGUUCGAUAAGGAGGAACCGCAAAAUAAAGCACCUGUAAAUAAACCCAGUGAUCAAGAUGAUGAUCUUUUUAUAAACACAAAUCGUUGCAAUCAGUUCAGUAAUGUUGACAGUGAUAGUUCGAGUGAUACUGAUUCAGAUUAA